CCGGUGUUGGACAGUUUAGUUGAAAAUCUGUAGCCGACCUAAACAGGUGUUCUUAGUGCGCUGAAUACGCAGGAAGAGAUACAGAGACAAAUCGUUUAAAAAAAAACCUUCCAAAACUUUGUGCAACAAUGAGCAAACAAAAGGAUCGCAAAAAGUCGUUGGAAAAACGGCUUUAUCAACUAGGGGCGACGGAGGAAAUGCCGGCGCUGGUGCAGCAGACCAGAAAGAUUCUGACGCACUUUCCCCAUCUACUCUCGCUCGGCUGUUCCUACGAUGAGCAUCUUUUCCAAACGCUGUUCCUUUGUGAGACCGCUAUCAGCAAAUGCAGUGUGGCCGAGAGGGCCAACUGCUCCGUGGACGAGGUUUUAAUAACUGUGCUGGAAAUUAUGAAGCUAGCGUGUGUGUGCAAAAAGGUAGUCAUAUCGUGCCUGCACACAUUGCACUCGAUCAUCCACAAUCUGGACCGUAGCGAGGUGAUGAAUAUGCAUGAUAAAAUAAAAAGCAAGCUUUCUUAUCUUAGCCAAUUUUUCUGUGAAAUGGAACAUUUCGCAAUAAUGCGCGCGGUUGUCAAAAUUCUUUAUGAAUAUGUUCACAAGUGCGCUAGCGAGGAUAGACGCAAUGUGUUUUUGGAUGUAAUGGAAGAUUUUACCGAUCCAUCGCGUAACCUGGGCAGCAUAAUACACUGGACGCCCGAAUCGUUUACGAUGAAUUGUCGUACGUUUUUGAACAAUAUUCCGGAAAGGAAAUAUUACUCAUUAGCUGCUACUUCGGCUGCAAUUGGCAGCAACGCCAUAUGUCCUUUAGGGGGCAAGAAUUUUAUUUCAUUCGAGUGGAAUUCCAAUCCAGCAGAACUUUCAUUUGAAGCAUCGUUAGCAGAUAAUUUGAACAGAUCCUUCGAAGCGAGUAUUGAGCUAAACGAUAUUCAAAGUUUAACGAUUGUUGAGGAUUUAUAUGCACCGCGAGUGGAGUGUUCCUAUGAAAAGAUCCAAAUUACGGAUGAUUCUAUCGUGACGUACGAUUUGAAUAUUAACGCGUUGAACAAUGAAGAGCUAGGUGUGUUGGCACAGCUGAUGAAAACCAUGAUUCAUCCAGAAAAACUUGUCUACAAACCUCUGCGCCCGGCGGCCGACGAAGAUGAGGUUUUAAUUCGUUGUGAGCAACUUUACAAUACGAAGGACAUUACGGACAAUGGACCGGCGGUGCCGCCGCCCCCGUCGCCGCCGCUUCCGUCGCCGCAGAAAGAAAACAGUGUUACGAGCGAUGCGAUUGCUCGAAACGAAACGCCGGACAAAACUCCGACACCGGAAUGCCGGACAGAGCCGGAGCCAGAACUGGAGGCUCCAGUUGUGUCGGCAGUUCCGUCGGUGUACAAUGGCGACGCAGAUACUUCUAAUUUGUCGGAAUCAAAGGAAUUCGCACCAUUAAGCACCGCCAAAUGGCCGUUCAAGCUGAUCGAUCUUUCGGACGAUCAUAAGAAAGCUGCUCCAAACAGUGACCCGUAUGACAUUGCCCAUUUACGCGAAGAAGAACGUACGCAAAAGCGGACAACAAACAAGAACGUUAAAGGCGCUGGAAAGGCGAAUGGAUACAGCAAGAAAACUGAGGAACCGACAAACGGUACGAAGACACAAAGUAAGAAGCGUCCAGCGUACAUGAAAUCGUCAACCCCGACCAAACGCACCCGCGCAACGGUGAUGAAAACAGUUCCCAAAGAUUUGGAAGAACUGUCAACAAUUUACUGCAUAAGCGAUGAUACCCAUUCGGACGCUGAUGAUAGCGAUUUCAUACCCUACGCCAUGCUUUCGGGACUUGGUAAAAGCAACCGGAGCAAGAAGCAAGAAACCAUGCGUAAACAAUCGAUGCCUGUCGCGCGUAAAAUGUCAGGACGAGCUAGAGACGUGAAUGUGAAACAGCCAGCAGCUAAUAACACAUUGCAACCCCAAAAAAAUCCAACCUCACAUGGUAUGAAAACCAACCGCGGGAAAGAAAACACAUUGAACAAACAGCCACAGUUGAACGAUUCAGGAAAACAAUGUUUAGAAAGCCGAGAAGUAAAACAUCCCUUGGGAAGGAAACCGGCACAGGAGUCUUCCUAUAUGAACGGGAGGGCAAACUCAUCUAGCUUCAAUUGUUCCGAGAGAAUCGUUGGCAGUGAGUCAACUGCACGAAAGUCGCCGACUCAUUGCUCUUCCACUGUCCCGAGGGCGGUUGUUUUGCAAGAAACUGUUGCAUCCCCCUUACGUUCGUCGAACAGGAACGGCGACGAAACGAUACAGAUGGGAAUGGAAGUUUAUGAAAAUCCCGUAAACGCUGACCGGACUUCGACUACGACUACUCCGGCGUGCACCACAGUACAGACGAUGAUCGAAUCAAAAGUACAGCCGCUUAUCGUAGACCUCCGGCGCUACAACAGUGAACGAAUUUGCACAGCAUUGAACGAAGCGCAAGCGUUGGAAAACACAAACUGUGAGGAGUACAAUGGUAUCAAAGAAAUAUGUGCACGGACGAAAAAGCUGGAAGCGGAGCUUGAGAUCCUCUAUUGUAAAAUGAUGGCCAUGAUAAGAAAUAGUAAUGAAAAGGAAACCCUCAAUCAGAAGCGAAUGCAAGCUGCACAGCGCGAUCAAGAGUUCAUUCAGAAGGUUAGAGCCGAGAAGAAGAAUUUGCAAACCAUCUUCCAGGCGUGCAAAGUUCAGUAUGAUCAACAGCACAACGGCCGGGUGGCGCAGGAACUAUGGAAGGUGAUUUACGGACCCGAUGCCAGUCUGACGAGCCCAAUGUUAAACUAACCAGAAGGUAGUUGUAGUAAUAUUAUUCACUUUGAGCUAUUCCGUUUAAGUAAUGCACUCUACUUUACUUUAAUCUUUUGUCGAUAUUGAUUUAAAAAUGGUUCAAUCGGUUAUAUUACAUGCACAAUAAAUCCGUUUGGCCGCACGCACUUGCGUAUUCUUGUGGGCGGUAAUAUAAAA